CACCCCUUUUCUUUCUAAACCCAUCAACAUAAACUACUACUCUCUCAAUCAAAUUUCAUCCCUUCCAAAAGAAAAAAAAACCUGUGUUUUCAGCUUUCUAAUGGCAAUUCCAGUCAUUGAUUUCUCUAAGCUUAAUGGGCAAGAAAGGGCCAAGACAUUGGCUCAGAUAGCCAAUGGCUGCGAAGAAUGGGGAUUCUUUCAGCUGGUGAACCAUGGGAUUCCUGAAGAGCUCCUAGAGAGGGUGAAGAAGGUUUCUUCAGAGUGCUACAAGGUGGAAAGAGAAGAAAGUUUCAAGAGUUCAAAACCUGUGAAGCUCCUGAAUGAUUUGCUUGAGAACAAGAGUGGUGAGAAGCUGGAAAAUCUUGAUUGGGAAGAUGUCUUCCUUCUCCAUGAUGACAACGAAUGGCCCUCCAACCUUCCUGGAUUUAAGGAAACCAUGAGAGAGUACAGAUCGGAGCUGAGAAAACUAGCUGAAAAGGUGAUGGCAGUAAUGGAUGAGAACUUAGGUUUACCUGAAGGAUACAUAAAGGCUGCCUUCAAUGGUGGCGAAGGGCUGGAAAAGGCCUUCUUUGGAACCAAAAUCAGCCAUUACCCACCAUGUCCACACCCAGAGCUAGUGAAUGGCCUCCGUGCCCACACCGAUGCCGGCGGUGUCAUCUUGCUCUUCCAAGACGAUCAGGUGGGAGGCCUUCAAAUCUUGAAAGAUGGGCAGUGGAUUGAUGUGCAGCCAUUUCCCAACUCCAUAGUCAUCAACACAGGUGAUCAGAUUGAGGUCCUGAGCAAUGGGAGAUACAAGAGUGUUUGGCAUCGGGUUUUAGCCUCACCGAAUGGGAACAGGAGAUCAAUUGCUUCAUUUUACAAUCCAUCAAUGGAAGCCACCAUAGCUCCUGCAGCACAGCUGGUGGAUAAAGCAAACCAGGAAGUGGAAGAAGGAUAUCCCAAGUUUGUGUUUGGAGACUAUAUGUCAGUUUAUGCUGAGCAGAAGUUCCUCCCAAAGGAACCUAGGUUUCAAGCUGUCAGGGCAAUGUGAGGAGCAUAAAUCAAAAGGAGUUGGUGUUAAAUUUCACUCUCCCGAUGGCCUUUCAUUCAAGGGUUUUCAUAUAGUAGUGACAAGAUUUGAAUAAUGCUACUUCUUUCCCCUCCCCCCCACAAAAAGAAAGAACAAAAAAAGGAACCACUUUCCCUUCAGGGUUUGUGUGUGUUUGCUUUAGUGAAUUUGAUGUUGUUUCUCCAUUAAUUGUUGUAUGUUAUGGAAUGUGUUCGUAAGACUAAUAAUAUUCAGUAUUGGGUAUUGUUAUUCAACAUUGUAUUUUGGACUUGCAAGAUCAGAGUUUUUUA